AUGGUUUCCAACAUCAUUCUGGGGAUAGUGACCCUUCUGCUGGUCUGGGCGCUGUGCAAGACUCAGAACAGAGAUAGCAGAGGUAAAACUUUAUAUCAUGUCUAAUGUUUAAUGUCAAUAAAAUGUGCAUUCUGCAAAUAUCAAUUCAAUAUCCAUAUAAACAUAGUUAAUUAACUACAUGAGGUUAAAAAGAUAAAUGGAUUGUCUUCAAAUUAAUAGCUGGCAUUCUUCUAUUUCAAUCUCUUUGAUGGGAGGACAAAUGUCCCGAAGUCUGAUGGCAAACAGUUAAUUUUGUCAAUAUGUAUAAAUACAGUAUAUCUUCAGUUUUUACAAGAAAAUGUUUCUUUAAAACUGCUAUGUAACUUUCCUUACAGCUAGUAAUCUGCUUAUAUGUGCUAUUUAUGUUAUUAAGGUUUCUUGGAAGUAAUAGGUCACUGUACUAGAUGAAGCCUUCUGAUCUUUGUGAUUGUUGUUAAUUUUUCCAUGGAACUUCUGCCUGUCACUGUUCCACUGACUGUCAGGUCAUUGUAGUGGGUGUACAGUCUGAACAGUCCUGUCUUUUGUAGAGUGUUUUCUUCCACAGGAGAAUAUAAACAUUAUAUAGUAGAUCAUGCUAUCAUCAUAAUGUAUUUUCUCAUGGCUCCACCCCUUCAGAAUCAAGACAGUGACGUGUUGAACUAUGCAGCUGUGAGUUUCACCCCCAAGAAGAACUCCUCCUCCUCUACAAGAGCAAGAGAGAAGACCAGCAGAGAGGAUGCAGUGUACUCUGAGGUCAGAUACCUUCAGCAGCAGUGA